AGGAUUUUAUAUAAAUCGUUGAACAGAUCUGUACAGAAAAUAUCGGAAUUUUGUGGAGCAAUAACAUUUUAAUACUCCCUUUAAAAUGACACUCAGUGUUUAACCAUAUAAAUGGAUUUAAGCUCCACUAUGAUAGAAUUCGGAGAUUUUGAAGUAAAGCUGCAACAGAUUUACAAACACCAUGAGUGUGUGGAGCUUCCUACAUCCUGGCCCCCAGAAGAUACACACCAGUUAUCAUUUUGCUUCCCGGAGGAUAUAGUUGGUGUUGAAAAACCAACAGACCAUGUUCAAGAUGCGGUCAUUGUAAAGUCAAAUGACGCUUCUUUGACUGAACCACCCUCCAACACUCCGUUAUGUAACGGAGGUGGUGAAAAAAUAAAUGACACUUGUGUUGUAAAUGGAAAAAUAUCCAAAGAGGAGAUUAUAUACAAAGAAGAAGAUUUAAAAAUUCCCGAAAAGCGAAAGGGGAAACAACAAGCAGUAAACCCUGUUUCUGUAAAUAAACAAAUAAUUCGUCGCAAAUCUUCCAGUGGGAAUGAGAAUGACGAUGCAAACAAACAAGUACCUUCAAAGGAUACAAUAACAUAUUCUGAAAUUAAUAACAAUAAAAAAAGUUCGGUGCACAUGGAUGUGAAUGGUAUUCCAGACUCUAAAAAUCCUAAACCUGUGGAAAAUCACACCCAUGUUGUCAAUGGAGAUUCCACCAACCAAAGGACUACCAACACAAAACUUUCAACAUCUGAAAAACAAUCACCAGACUCGAACAUUAUGUUAUCUCAAAAAUCCGAACAAACGAAACAAUCUACUCCAAAACAAGUUACCAGCUGGGCUGGACUGUUUCGUGGUUCAGCGAACACAAAUGGAAGCAGUGAAAGCACUGCUCCAGCACCCAAACAAAAACAGUUACCUAUUCGUAAAAAUAACAAUGCGCAAGACAGUACUCCUGCCACAGAACCUGAUAAACGAAAGUCAGACGCAAACAGUGCGAAACCUGUAAGAAAUGGUUCUGCUGCAAAAUCUUCAUUGUGUCUUGUGAAACCAAGUGAAGAUCCAAAUGCAAAGGGAAUUGCAGAAGAGCUACACAACAUGGAGUUAAUAUUCAAACCACAAGCAUUCAUACCACGUGGACUUACCAACACUAGCAAUUGGUGCUACAUCAACGCUACAUUACAAGCGCUGCUGGUGUGCCCACCUUUCUAUCAGUUUCUGAAAAGUAUUUCUACAUUUACUCCCCUGAGUCAGAAGACAGUGACCUGUUCACCAAUCAUCGAUAGUUUCUUGCAACUCGCUUCUGAGUUUCGACCCCUUUCCACAAAGCGUGGAUUUGUAACAAAAGAAGUUCGUCACGGACCUCCAUUUGAGCCACGAUAUAUUUACGACAUGCUUACUCUUAUAAAGUCGUCACUAUCAGAAAAGGGUCGUCAAGAAGAUGCUGAAGAAUUUCAGUCUUGUGUAUUGAACGGACUUCAUGAAGAGAUGACUCAGCUGUUCACGUAUUUGAAUGACUCAGCAAACUCACAAUCUCCGGAAUCUCACUCAGAGCAAGAUGAUUCGUCCUCCACAUCAGAGGAACUGAUGAACGGAGAUGCAGAGAAGGAGGAAUGGGAAGAAGUCAUGGCCACUAAGAAGAAUAAAUCGGCCGUUACACGAAGAGCUGAUGAUACAAGAACCCCGAUAUCAGAUAUGUUCCGAGGAGAGCUAUGCACUUCAGUUUUUCGACCCGGGCAAAAAGUUUCUGUUUCUUACGAACCGUUCUUCUCACUGCCGCUGAGUGUUCCUGCAGACCAUGCAUGUAAUGUGGAUGAUGCUUUGAUGUCACUCACUGACAAAGAAAGUUUCCUUGCAGAUGGGGAAGGACAGUCUGAUGCGUCACGCCAACAAACACUGGAAAGCUUACCACCAAUCUUCAUUCUACAUUUAAAAAGAUUUGUGUACGACAAAUCUGGUGGCUUGAAGAAAAUUGACAAAAAAGUUGAAUAUAAGACUGACAUGGUCAUUGGGAAAGAAAUGCUUUCCAAAUCAGCAAGAAAGCUGAGCAUAAACCAGAGAACGUACAAACUGUUUGCAGUUGUAUACCACCAUGGAGAGAAAGCAACCGGUGGUCACUACACAACCGAUGUGUUUCAUAUCGGGUUAAGUUCGUGGCUUCGAAUCGACGACCAGAAUAUCAAGACUGUACAUCACACUGAGGUUACACGACAUAACCCUUCACGAACGGCUUACUUGCUCUAUUAUCGCAGAAUUGAUCUUGGCUGAUGUGUUAUCUCUGCAUGUUAGUUUAAUAUUUCAACAUUAAGUCUGUUUUUUUUUCAUUCGAAUAAGUUCUUUCUGCUAAUUAAGCAACUCGUUGGUAACUUGUAAGAUUCGGGUCGCUUUUUGUUCAAAAUGCUUCAAUUUAUAUGUAGUAAGCUACAUAUUUAUUUAUGUACAUACAUAUAUAAGCAGAUAUCUAACUAGGCGAGGUAUCUCUCCGCGUAUUCUAAAAAAAUAAAAGUUUUUUUGCAAUUUUGACACCCAUGUAUACCCUCUAGGCUUCUACUGUCUGCUGCUAAAAAAUCUGCUUUUCGAAUAGUAUUGUAUAUUUUCGAUUUAGUAGGUACGGACUUUUCGUAACCUUGGUAAACCUAAUUUACAUUAAUUCCCAAGCUAGUUACAGCAACUGAACAAAAUAACUUUCAAAAAUUUACCAGUAACUUGCACUUUUGCACUUCUUACAGAUAACAUUUCGUAUUCAUUAAUUUUUCUAAGUGGUAUUUAUCUUGUAUGAAACUGAGCUCUAACGACUGUAAUAUUAUAAACUUAAUGCUCCUAAACUGGUUAAAAGCAAGCAUGCUGCUUUUAAGUUUUUUUUUCUAAUCUGGAUUCUCUGAGCGUUUUGUGUUGCUUGUUGCGUGAUGUAGUUAUUUCUAUGCGAGUAAUAACUCGAUAAUUUAUAAGCAAACUUGGCGUUUUCAUUACCGCGAAAGCUGAAGCUUGUAGUACAGUAGGGUGGGAGAAGAUGGGAAACCUUUUCUAUUCUAUUUUCUCAUACCAUUUGGUAGUAAGCAAAGAACAUUCGGAGAAUUAUAAAACCGUAUCCUCACGACUUUCAUAGACCGUUGCUAAUUGCUUAAAAUUUGAUCAAGAUGUUUGGAUAUUAUGUGCUCAAGGUGUCCCAUCUUUCCCCACGGUACUAUAUAUUAGCAAAAUAGAUCACCAAUUCAAUAUAGUUGUCCCAUAUAAUGGUAACGUUUGUUAAAAAGUUAUAAAAACUUCUAUGGUUGUAUUGGUUGUUUACUUUCUGAGCAGUGCAGAAAUUUCUUUCCACCAUUGCCUAUUGUUGUAAUCGCAAUUGACAAUAAAGCCAAGUGUGUGAUGGCA